UGUUUCAGGGAAGGUUAUCUGUCCAGUUGCUGUUGGGCAGUAACUACUUGUAUAAGUUGUUUGCUAGUUGAGCUGGUAGUCAAGAGAAUGUCUGGAGAUGUCAAAUGAUUCUAUCAGAACUUGGUUUUCUUCAAUAAUCCUCCGUCUGUCACUUUGAGUCAACUCCUGGAAGUGAUGAGCUGGCAGUUUUCAUCCUAUGUUGGUCGUGGCCUUAAUUCAGACCAGCUCAAUAUGCUGGCAGAGAAGCUCACAGUUCAGUCUAACUACAGUGAUGGUCACCUCACCUGGGCCAAGUUCUGCAAGGAACACUUGCCUGGCAAACCGUUUACCUUCUGGACCUGGCUUGAAGCAAUAUUGGACCUAAUUAAAAAACACAUUCUUCCCCUCUGGAUUGAUGGGUAUGUUAUGGGCUUUGUUAGCAAAGAGAAGGAACGGCUUCUGCUCAAAGAUAAAAUGCCUGGGACAUUUUUGUUAAGAUUCAGUGAGAGCCAUCUUGGAGGCAUUACCUUCACCUGGGUGGACCACUCUGAAAACGGAGAAGUGAGAUUCCACUCCGUAGAACCCUACAACAAAGGGCGACUGUCAGCUCUGCCGUUCGCUGACAUCCUUCGAGACUACAAGGUUAUUAUGGCUGAGAACAUUCCUGAAAACCCUCUGAAGUACCUGUACCCUGACAUUCCCAAAGACAAAGCCUUCGGUAAACACUACAGCUCCCAGCCGUGUGAAGUUUCAAGGCCAACAGAACGGGGAGACAAAGGUUAUGUUCCUUCAGUUUUUAUCCCCAUUUCAACAAUCCGAAGUGAUUCCAUGGAGCCACAGUCUCCUUCAGACCUUCUCCCCAUGUCUCCGAGUGUAUAUGCUGUGCUGAGAGAAAACCUGAGCCCUGCCACAAUUGAAACUGCGAUGAAGUCUCCGUAUUCUGCUGAGUGACAGUGUAAAGUGACUCUUCAGAGAAGAGAGCAGAUGAAAAAGGAGACUAUUCUUCACCAAAGACCACAAUUUAUUUCUUCAGCUUUGUAAAUACGGGUUUCUAGAAAAUAGUAGAUGUCCGAAGCUUUCUUCUCACUAGGUGACACCCCCAACUGGGAGGUACUGUGACCAAAAUGCUAAAAACCAAAGCUUCUGCAAGAAAGACAGCUUUAAGAAACCAGUGUUAGUACCAAUAUAACAGAAGAGU